GUGGACUAGUGACUAUUGCUCGGUGUGGCAUACGGCCGUGUCCCCCCUCCCCGGCUGGUUUUCCCUCUGUCUAUUUCGCCCCUUUUUUUCUUCCUUCAAUUUCUUUCAUGUUUUCCUGCUUCGCUAAAAUUGUACCUUCCUUUUCCCCCCUUGAGACGUAUUUGUCCGAGCAUCCAAGGAAAGGUUAAGAAGGUAAUGCGAGCACGCCGACCCCCAGGCAUACCCGCUCGUCCGCGUCGGCCUUCGUCUCGGAGGGCUUUUUGGGGGCUCGGAGUUCUCGGGUGGAUGUAGGAAUAAUUGUGUUACUAUUAUUGUUUUUUUCCUAGUAUAAACAGGACAGCGUCUGGUUUUUGUGCUUCUCCUCUUCCUCCUCGUUUCCUCCUCUCCUCUCUCUUCUUCCGCGGUCGUUCUCCUGCCUCUUUCUCCUCCUGCUACGUCUUGUAUUCCCCAGUCCUAUUCGCCUGGGAAUUCCCUGCUCCGCUUUUCGUCGCCCCUUCUUCCGAGGGGCUCAUGAAGAGGCUAGUCGUCGUGCUUUUACUUUUAGCGGUUGCAGUUGCUGUCGAAGUCGAGGAAAGGGGUGAUGGGUAUUGUAAACUCAAGAAUGGCUUGACACCAAGACCACACAGUGUCACCAUUACAGAGUUUGGGGCUGUGGGGGAUGGAGUCACCUUGAAUACAGUUGCCUUUCAAAAUGCUGUUUUCUAUGUGCGGUCGUUCGCCGACAAGGGUGGUGCUCAGCUGUAUGUUCCUAAGGGGAGAUGGCUGACAGGAAGUUUCAAUCUUACCAGUCAUCUCACUUUGUUCCUGGAUGAAGAUGCAGUUAUAAUUGGCAGUCAGGAUGCAUCUCAAUGGCCUACUGUCGAGCCUUUGCCCUCUUAUGGUCAAGGGAUAGACCUUCCGGGUGAAAGGCAUCGCAGCUUGAUAAACGGAUACAACUUGACGGAUGUAGUGAUAACAGGAAAUAAUGGGAUUAUUGACGGGCAGGGAUCUGUCUGGUGGGAGUGGUUUCGUACCCACACCUUGAACUACAGCCGUCCUCAUCUUCUUGAGUUUGUGAGUUCUUGUGACAUUGUGAUUUCAAAUUUAACUUUCUUGAAUCCCCCAGCAUGGAGUAUCCAUCCAGUCUAUUCCAGCAAUGUAACUGUCCAGAAUAUAGUUAUUCAGGCUUCAUCUGAUUCCCCAUAUACAAAUGGUGUAGUACCAGAUUCAUGCUCAAGUUUCUGCAUCGAAGAUUGCAGCAUCAGUGUUGGACAUGAUGCCAUUGCUGUCAAGAGUGGUUGGGACAACUAUGGUAUCUCUUUCGGCAGGCCUUCCUCAAAUAUUCAGAUCAAUAAUGUCCAUCUGCAGACAUCUCUUGGUUCGGCACUUGCUUUUGGCAGUGAGAUGUCCGGUGGUAUCUCAGAUAUACAUGUUAAGCACCUUCAUGUCCAUGAUUCUUUCACUGGCAUAAUAUUCAAGACCACUCGGGGACGAGGCGGCUUCAUUAAGGAUAUCGUCAUUUCAGAUGUGGAAAUGGAAAAUGUUCAUGAAGCAUUUCGUUUCACGGGUCAAUGUGGGGCACAUCCUGAUGACCAAUAUGAUCCGGAUGCUCUGCCGACAAUCAAGCAGGUGACCAUAAAAAAUGUGAUUGGAACCAACAUCUCCCGUGCUGGAGUCCUCUCAGGAAUUGAUCAAGAUCCCUUCACUGCCAUCUGUCUUGCCAACAUCAGUUUGUCUAUCACCUCAGACCUCUCUAAUUCUUGGACUUGUUCCAAUGUCUCUGGAUUCUCGGAAUCAGUCUUUCCCCAACCAUGCUCUGAUCUGAGCUUGAAUUCCUCUCUCUUCUGCUUCUCCCUUGAGAACUUCAGUGGUCUCGCGCAAGUCUAGCAAAAUCUUUUUGCAUGUGAUUAUCAUUCAUUUAUUCCCCUCUGUACAAUCGAGAAUCCUGAGCUCACCAAUAUCCUUGCCAAAUUCUUUCCAAUAAAUCCCCACAAAAGUAUCUUUUCCUCCAUGAUCGAAUCAUUGCAUACUUCUUUCCUCAGUUGUAUUGCACCACCCCCGAUCGAGAAGAAAAUCUGCAUCAGCGAUGACAAUGUGUUUGCUUGUACAGCUAGAUUUCUUCAUUCAAAGCCUGUAAGAAAAAUUUUUGCUAGUUGUCGAAGUUCAAAUGUUUGAUUGAUACUGUAAUAUGUCAUUACUCUAUUUAAUCACGAUUACUAGUUUGUAUUC